ACCCCGGAUACUCAUUCCACCACCAACCACCACUAACACGCCGCAAAGCACACCGUACAGCCGUAUAUACGCACUUUCUCUUUUCGUUUUUCUUUCGAAACUUAUAUACAUUUCUCCGAUCGCAUCCCUACGCAUCGAGAAGCCGAAAAGCCGACAGUAUGAUUACACUCUGGGCUUUUAAUGCAAUGGCAUUCCUCUGCAAUUGGAUGCUCGUGUCUUCCUCAGCCUUGAAGGAUGAUAAUAGCCUGAGAAUCUUUAAAGAAUCGCCAAACGAAUUCGAAUACGUGGUGAAAAGGCACGAUGUGGAUGAUCGUAAGGAAGAUGUCGAAUCUAAGGAGAGGCGCAGCACUAUGGGAGGUUCCUCUUUCAUUAGAUUCGGACGCGGCUUUAACACCAUGGAUAAUUCGGCAUUCGAUAAUGAAAUCGACUCAAAAGGGAUUAACAGACAUCCUAGAUGGAAAUCGCCGGACGUAGUGAUCAGACUCGGUCGAUCCGGAAAUAAGGCUACGAACAAUGAGCAACCUAAACGCGGGAAAAACGAUCUUAACUUUAUCAGGUUUGGCCGUAAUAUACAAAUUGUGCCACCCGAACUCGAUCUAUCUGCGGUGUGUUCUGUAUUUAUGAACGGCGCGGUCAGCGACACGGUUCUUCAUCCGGACGUGAUGAGGCUGUUUCGUCUUUGCAACAAUUUGAACAAGAUCGCCGGUGAUAUCAGCUUGGAUACCCUCGAGACCGAUUCGAAUCAUCGCGAGUGAACUGAUGCGCUACUCGUCUAACUCAUCCAAGAUCGUUCCGUGCACCGAGGAUUCGAUGGCGGAUGUCAACGAGGAUCGCAGCACUUCAGUUUUGUCGAAUUGAUUUUAGCUGCCGCGAACCGAAACGUAUUUGGCUUUGAGAUGAUGACCGGAUCGCAUUAUUCUAUCAGCGUGUAUCUGUAUUUAAACGAAUUUCAGAUAUCGAUUAAUUAAAGAAACACGAAUUUGUUUGCUAUUUUUCACCAGAAUCUCUGUUACGAAAUUACAGAGAAGAAAUAGAUCUUGUUAACGAGAGAUCUAGCUUAGAACAAAAAGUUUACUUUUGUUACUUAUUGUGGCUUUUUAAAUUAAAUAUGCUUGUCUGAGAA